ACAAGCACACGAUAUACAAUGCAGGUUCUUGGAUCUCCUUCAAUUCAUUAAAUUGAGCAUCUAUCUGUUUUUUCCGCCGCCAUUCAUAUGAAUCGUGAAAACUGAAAAGGCAGAUCAAUCGCAAAUUUUCACACAAAAAUGGAAGACACAAAACGAGGAAAAGCAGAUGAAGAAGAAAACGCAGACAGAAUCAGCAAUCUACCGGACUUUGUACUGAGCCACAUCCUCUCAUUCCUCCCUAUCAAAACCGCCGUUUCCACAAGCCUUCUUUCUCCCAGAUGGCGCCACAUUUGGAAGAAACAUCUCUCAGUUCUCGACUUCUCUGACGACUUUUUCCAACCAAACGACGACCGUUUAGAACUCUUCAAAACCUUAGCGGUUUUUGUAAACGGCGUCUUCACUCUCCGCAAACCUUGCGAAGUUCGUAAGAUGCGUCUCUCAUGUACCCAUUCUCUCGUCGACCACAAGGUUUGUACCUAUUCUGUCAAUACGUGGGUCCACUCCGUCAUUGGGCCCCACCUCAAGGAACUCGACCUCACUCUCUAUUCCAACGACGACGACGACGGAGGAUAUUGCUUCGAGCCUCCCAUCAGCCUCUCUGCUUGCAUUAAUAUAGUUUCCCUCAGUCUCAACGGUGCAGUAUAUUUUAACUUGAAACGAGCUAAGGCGAUUCGUUUACCAUCACUAAAGAAGCUACAACUUCACAUCGGUUAUGUGGAAGUGUCUCCCAUGAAUGCCCUCCUCUCUGGCUGUCCUAACCUAGAAACUCUCGAUCUUUGCUUUUAUGCUGAGGACAGCGGCGGUAUAAUUCGUGUGCCACCUUCAUUGAAGUGGUUGAAAAUCAUCAUUAACAAUUCAGACGCCGGGGCUUCCCUUGAAAUUGAUGUGCCUGUUCUUGAGUACCUCUGCAUUGCAAAUAUCACAAUCACUGAUGCCAACAAUUUGCAAAACGUGGUGGAAGCGUCUGUUGAUGUUUUUCCUUCCUCGGCUGCUUCUGCCUUCACUUUUCUCAAGCUCCUCAGCGCUCUCACUGGAAUAAAACAUCUAGUGUUGAGUCGUUCAACAACAAAGUGGCUACUGGGUGGCCCCACUGAUCUACACUUUCCAGAAUUUCGCCAUUUACUUCAUCUAGAGCUCAUUCUUCCAUGGUUCAACUCGUAUUCUCUGCUGAGCCUGCUUCAGACAUGCCAUCUGCUUCAAGUUCUCAUAAUUCAAAACGACAAGGAUCAGUCACCCUUACCAAUAUGUGCUACACAACCAAGUGUUCCUAGUUGUCUUGUAUCACACCUGGCCUCCAUUGAAUUAAAAGGAUAUCGAGGAUUUCCAGAUGAGUUGUUAUUUGCUGAAUAUGUUUUGCAAAAAGGGCUUGUUUUGAAAACAAUGAUUAUUGUUGAUAUAUCGGUGGACCCAAACAAAAAGUUCGACACUCUUAGAAGAUUAUCUAAUGUGCCAAGGGCCUCUGCAAAUUGCCAACUUACAUUUGACUAAGUUAUAUCUGCCUAAGUUUCUGAAUUUCUUUGAUCCAGCUAUUUUCCAAUAAGGUAUAAUAAUAUUAAUUAGGAUAUGCCCUCUCUACUAAAAGAAUUAUUCAAGUUUUGCCUCUGUAACCAUGUUUGUUUUAGAAUUUGAAGCUUAGCAAGAGAGGUUGAGAUUUGCUAGACUCAUAUUAUAACUAUAACAUUGAAAAAAAUGAUGAUAUUUACUUACCGGCUUUUUGAAAUUGAACGAAAAACUUUUGAAUUUCAUGCCACUUAGUAAAUCAAGUCAAUGAAUUUCCACUGUGUGAAUUUGUUAUUAUUGCAACUAAAUUUUUGUUUAUUUCGGGGUAUUAGUUAGUGUUAACUUUGAUGGAUUGGCAACAUCUUUGUUUAUCUAGGGGUAUUAGUUAGUGCUAAUUCCACAACCUUGUAUUCAUGGGUUUGAUUUUCUAGACAAUCUAAACUAACAUAACACAUUAUCUCUUUUUUACAAAUAUGUUUUCCUGAUUUAUUGAAAAAAGAAGAAAUUGGCAAUCUCUUUGUAGCAUUUGCAUUCAAUGUUACUGGUGCAAUAUUACCAUCUGCAAAACAAGUAGAAUUUUCAUGUUACGUGGAUCAGUUAACAGUUCCUUUCUCUACAAGUUUAUCAUUUCUAAUAUGAAUAUCAGUUGGGAAAUUAAAUUAUAUUUUUAUGUUUUUGUCAUAAAAAAUCUUUUAGUAAAGAUACUCCCAGUACAUUUUGUGAAAGCAUAUUUUGUUUGCAUAAAAAGAGAAGUACUAUGUAAUUUAAAAUUGUUAAAUUUUUUUGCCCCCUCUUGAAAUACAAAGUAAUGCUUAGAAUGCAUUUUACGGUUUUGGAGAAAUCUCCAUAAAGUUCGUGUUUCCUCAAACCCGUCCCGAUUCGCAACAAAACAACUUUGCAUUAACAUGAAAAGUAGAACCAAUAUAAAUAGAAAAAACAACUUUGUUUAAUACAUAACUUAAAAAUAAAAACAAACAAUUGAAUAUAAUUUAAGACUUUGUUUAAGAGUUUAUAAUUUAAGAGAGGUAAAAUGUAAUUAGAUAUACGCGGAGCGGGUUUGGGGACGGAUUCGCGGUGGGUAUCAUUGUAUCAAUGUCCCCAUUAUCCGCUCCACCCCCGUAUUUUAAAUUAAGGGGAAACUCAAACCCAGUCAAAUCGGUUUUUCCCCGUCAACAUCGGGGAGGGACUGGACUGGUGGGUGCCCGCAGGUAUAGGUUAUAUUGCCAUGCCUGUAGAGGUGGUCAUUGAAGUCGUUUAAUUGCUUUUUCUUCAGAUUUGUGUACUGAAAAAAAUAAUUAGCUGUUUUAAAAUUUGGGUCAUGCUAAACAGUGCCCCCAAAUUUUCCUUAAAAGGGUCAUGCUAAACAGUGCCCCCGGGGUUGGGCACUUGUUAAGCAUACCAAAUAUAGAAACAAAAGAUAAAAUUAAUAUUGAUAAAAUAACUUUUUACAUUUUCGAUGCAUUGAAUGCACAAGUUCCGAGAC